AUCACCAUAAGGUCAAAGAUCAUGUUGGACAUGUACUAGUAGCUAUGCGGAAGUUAGACAGUUGCGCAGCUUUGUGAUUGCUUCGCUCAAAAACUUCUAUAAAAUUUCUGCUGAUACCCCUUACAAGACCCUGGGUGUCCUCCUCUCGCUUUUCGGAAACUAAUGUCUUUAAUUUGACAGAUAGUUUGGGAGGAAAAAUCAUGGAUAUGCCCAUGUCCUUUUACUUCUCCACCGAUGCCACCAUUUUGUUCAGUGGCUGGACGGUACACGAUGCUCUCGGUUUGGGUUUCAGCGUUCUCGCUAUUGCAGCCAUCGCAGUCUUACUGGAGGGGCUGAAACGGUUCGUCUGGUGGCUGGGUAAGAGGAGGCAGAAGGAUCCGCUUGAUGUCCGAAACAACAUCCAGGAAAGCUCUGAUUCACACUCACAGGGCACGUCUCCAUUACUGAGGUCUCUCCAGUUUCCACCAAGUAUACAACACAUCGAGAGGAGGAGGUUAAAAUUCCACAUUGCCCAGUCCCUGCUCCAUGUACUGGAGGUUGUGGGGGCCUACUGUCUGAUGCUGGUGGUCAUGACCUACAACGGCUGGCUGGCCAUCGCAGUCUUCCUGGGUGCCGGCGUCGGCUACUUCGUCUUUGCAGCAAACAUGGACAUCAGAGUAGACGCAGCAGAACAACAGCCUAAAGCACAAAGGCUGUAACUUCAUCGGUUGUUUUGAUAAAAUCAGAUAUCUAAGUAUUUUUUGGAGAGUAUUUUAGGGAAGUCAAUAUAGGAGAAAGUACAUGCAUCACUUAUUUGUGUUCUGCUUAGCUAAAACUUACUAACAUAAUCUUCAAGCAGAUACUGGGAUAAGAGUCAAAACAUCUACUAGCUGUCCAACGGAUUGUUUUUUGUCAGAAAAACAGGGCACAUAGAAAAUAUUUUGACUUUUAUUCAAGCAUUUUGGU